UUGAAGAGGGUAGGCUCGGGGACCUAUAGCAAUGUGUAUAGAGCGCGAGAUAGGGAUACAGGGAAGAUUGUUGCCUUAAAGAAAGUUCGUUUUGAUACCACAGAACCGGAGAGUAUAAAGUUCAUGGCUCGAGAGAUCAUGAUAUUGCAGAAAUUGGACCAUCCUAAUAUCAUAAAGCUUGAAGGACUGGCUACCUCCAGAAUGCAAUAUAGUCUUUAUAUAGUUUUCGAAUAUAUGCAGUCUGAUCUUACUAGCAUAAUAUCUCGGCCUGAUAUGAGACUUAGUGAAGCACAGAUAAAAUGUUACAUGCAGCAGCUGCUUGCGGGGCUGCAGCAUUGCCACGAGAGGGGUAUUUUGCACCGAGACAUUAAGGGAUCUAAUUUGUUGAUUGACAAAAAUGGGAUGCUAAAAAUUGCAGAUUUUGGACUUGCAAACUACUUCAAUCCUGAAGAAAAGCGUUCUCUUACUAGUCGAGUUGUCACACUUUGGUACAGAGCUCCGGAACUACUAUUAGGUGCUACGGAUUAUGGAAUAGGUAUUGAUCUUUGGAGUGCUGGCUGCCUCAUGGCUGAAAUGUUUGCAGGCAGACCUAUUCUACCUGGUCGCACCGAGGUGGAGCAGCUGCACAAGAUAUUCAAGCUUUGCGGUACACCUACUGAGGAUUACUGGAGGAAAACAAAACUUUCAACUACCUUCAGACCACCUUAUACCUAUAGGUCAAAUAAAAAGGAAGCUUUCGGGCACUUUCCUGUAUCUUCGUGGAGGCUUCUAAACGUUCUUCUUGCGUUAGAUCCUGCAAAUCGGGGUUCUGCAAGUUCAGCUCUCCAAGAUGAGUUCUUUCGUACGAGCCCCUUGGCAUGUGAACUCUCGGAGCUGCCUGUAGUGUAUAAGGAGGAUCCUGAGACAGUGUUAAAGCUUGAGAGGAGAAGGCACAAGGCUCAACAACGCUCUCAAUCACAAAAAGAACGCAAAAAGAAAAUAAUAGAAGCAGAUGAAACAAAACCAGAUAAUGUUAGCUCUUACAAGGAGCCAACAAAGAGUAAAGUUACAACAGUCUUUACCCUACUAGAUGCAGGAAGCAGUACUACUACUACUACGACUACUACUACUACUAGAACAAGCACAUCCUCAAGCACAUCAAAGCCAACUGAGAAAGAAGUCGAGAGUCCAGAGAGUUCUCCAAGAAGUACUGAAUCUGAUCCCAAUGCUAUUAGGAACAUCAACAAUAGACCUCAUUUGCCCAAUGCUAGAAGAAGCAGAGCUAACAACAGCAAGAAGGAUGCGAUGAACAGAUUGAGUCGCGUCCAAAGGUCUCAAUCCACCAAAGAUUUCCGAGAUCUUGAUCAUAAAAAAUUCAAUAAGCUUCUGGACGUUGUUGAAUAAGGCACUUGCAACUCGUUCUGAUAGUGUAAAAACUCUUCACACUGUCAGUGAAUAUAAGUUAAAUCCUUUAGUUAUUUUCUUCUAAGGUUCGGUUUGCAACUUAUAGAUCGGGUAAAUAACUUGUGGUCUAUAUAAAAGAUUAUACGUUACGUCCGUUGUAUUAUGAAACAAGACACAUUGUUUAAUAAACAAGUAUUUUGAGGUUAUGUUAUUCUUUUUGUGUUACAAAAUAAAGACCGGCUAAGUAAUUUGUUUUUGGCUUUAUUAUAUUUUGAAAGAUGUAAUUUGUUGUAAUAUCUGAUUGUUGCUGCAAAUAGAAAUUUAUUUCACAUUUAGCAUCUUAUUUGAUAGUACUGCAACUGAAAUGAUCGGAGUUUCAGUAUACAACUACCAAUUAGCGCGGUCAGCAGAGGAACUUCAACCCACACUGGGGCAAGUAAUGGUUCAGCUUCAUAAUCCAACCACGAGAAACCAUUUAAAUAUAUACAAUGGAAGUUCCUGAAACUAUCUACUCCUAGUAAUUUGAGCUAUAGUCAUGAGAUGCUCAUAUAUUCGGGGCCGUCUCAACAAGAUCGGAGGCCUAAAGCCAAAUUUCAGAGAAAGACCCUAAGUAAGAAUAUUAACGACAAAUUUUCAAUGAAAAAGUAUAAAAUAAAGGUAGAAUAAUAAAACCGGCUCAAGAAUUUAAUAAGUUGAGAUACAAUAACAACAUACCCGGUGAAAACCCACAAAGUGGGUCUGGAGAGGUGGAGUUUACGCAAACCUUACCUCUACCUUGGAAUUAGAGAGGUUGCUUCCGAAAGACCUUCAGCUCAAGAGAAAGCAUGACAAAGAAUAGGUAGAUAAGAACAAUCAAUUCAAUGCAAAAAGAAAAUGAAAGUAACGAAAAAUGGGUUGAGUCAAUAAUUGACCUGCCCAAAAGUUACUUGGUGGUUAAGGUUUCAUUUCAAGAAAAAUGUCUGUUAAUUGUUCUUAAUACACCUUUGUUUUUAUGUCCAAUUAGUUUUGGUGGUUAUAUCUUCAUAGUGAUUUGCUACAAAUAAAUAUUUGUUUCCUUUUUCUUUUUUAUUUGUCGAGUUAAAGAUAGCCUCUUUGAAUCAGAUUCCAUAUGUAUUUUGUGCACAUCUAUCCUACUUGAAUCUGUUUCUUUCUCACAAAGUGAAAGUUGGAAUUGAAUUUUUUCAUUAUCUUUAUCUUCCACUAACUGGAAUUUGGAAUCAUGUUAUGAAUAGACAUUUCUAACCAAAUUGCCUUAUCUUAUAUAUUCUUGGUCCAUCCUUUGUAUUUAAAGAACUUUGUACAUCAUGAAUAAAUGAAUGAGCCUUCAUACUCUUCUUGCUAUGCACCUUUAUGGUAUCAGGGCUUUUCAAAGCUCCAACGAGAAUCAAUUGUCUGCUCGUCUCCUUUAAACCUAACUCAUAGUUUCUAUUUCAGCCAUGGUUAAUCCAAGUGACUCCAUCAUCCCUGUUACUAACACCAAUUACUUGGUUCAAUUUAAUCCAGGUUCCCAACUUCCUCUAAAGCUCACUGGUCCAAUCAAUUUUGUCAAUUGGAAGGCCCAAGUCGAGUAUCUGAUGUUGGGACACGAUAUCUAUGGCUAUCUUGACGGAACUAUGACAACACCACCAAAAACUGUCACCGUCAACAACUCAGAGGAACCCAAUCCCAAAUAUAAACUCAGGUUUCGUCAGGACCAGUUGAUCCGCAAUGCAUUGAUGGCAUCUGUUGAUACGAAGAUCACCUCUGCAAUCACAAAAACUUCCACCUCCAAGCAAGCGUGGGACUCGUUACAUAACUUGUAUGCGAACAAAUCUCAUACACGGGUGCUCAGUCUUCGAAACUCCUUAGCAACA